GCGGUUAGCAAAGGAGAGGGGCGGAGAGGGAGCGAACAAUGUGCAGCAGACCGCGAGGGCUAUAUAAAGCUCGGGUCUCGGACCUACUGGAACUAGCCAAGAUUGCCCGCGAGCUGGCAGCGGCCUUACGCCAGUCUCCGCGGCGCCAUGGAGACCGCAGGAGGCGCAGAGGGCGCAGAGAGUGGAGCCGCUGCGUGCACGGCCACCGACCGCACUACGCGGCGCGCGGCCGCAGACUCCGGAUACGCGGGCUUCUGGAGACCCUGGGUGGACGCCGCAGGCAAGAAAGAAGAGGAGACGCCGAACCACGCCGCGGAGGCGAUGCCGGAUGGCCCUGGAAUGACCGCAGCCCCAGGAAAGCUUUCGCAAUUCAGGCACCCAGUCAGACUAUUUUGGCCAAAAUCAAAGUGUUAUGAUUACUUAUAUCAAGAAGCAGAAGCUCUUCUGAAAAAUUUACCAAUUCAAGCCACAAUUUCAUUUUAUGAAGAUUCUGAUAGUGAAGAUGAAAUUGAGGAGCUGACCUGUGAAAAUUAAUCUGAUUAGCUACUUUUGAUUAUAUCCAGAGCUUUUAGGGUUUAAAUUUAGUGUACAAAUGUAUCAUAAUUAUUUUAAGCUAAUUUAUUUGUAUAUAAAUUAUUAAAAGUGAAAUAUUUU